AUGUGCCUUUUGUUGAAAGGUUCCAGGUUGAUCGAACUUCGAUGGCUGGGUGUAGAUGAUAAAUGGAAAUUAGUAGCAGCAUUUCUUCGGAAUAAAGGUUUAGUUAAUCAGCAUAUAGAUUCUUACAACUACUUCAUUAAUGAAGAGAUCAAAAACAUUGUUAAAGCAAAUGAAAAGGUUCAAAGUGAUGAAGAUCAACAUUUUUAUUUAAAAUACUUAAAUAUAAAAGUAGGUUUGCCUGAAGUUCAGGAAUCAUCCAAUUCUAUUAGGACUACACCAACUACACCACAUGAAUGCCGCUUAAGAGAUUUUAAUUACUCUGCCUCCAUUAUAGUAGAUAUUGAAUAUGUAAGAAAUAAUAAGCGGAUAAUAAGGCAAAAUUUGGUUAUUGGAAAGAUGCCAAUAAUGUUGCGCAGUUCUAAUUGUGUGUUAACUAAAAAAUCUGAAGCUGAGUUAGCCAAAAUGAAUGAAUGUCCACAUGAUCCUGGUGGUUAUUUCAUCAUAAAUGGCCAAGAAAAAGUUAUAUUAAUACAAGAACAAAUGGUUAGGAAUAGAAUUAUUUUAGAAGUAGAUAACAAAAACUUUAUUGUUGCAUCAUGCAACAGUUUUACCCAUGACAAAAAGACCAAAACAAAUGUUGUUGGGAAAGCUGGAAGAUAUUACAUACGACAUAAUAUGUUCCAAGAUGACAUACUGAUUACGGUUAUUUUCAAAGCUAUGGGCAUAAUAAGCGACUUAGAGAUCAUGCAAAUGAUAGGAACGCAAGAAACACAUUUGAGCAAAUUUGCAGCUAGUCUAGAAGAUUGUCAAGAACUAGGCAUCUUUUCACAGAAUCAAGCAUUGAAAUACCUCAAUGAUAACCGGAAACAGACGAGAUUCCAUGUUCCAAAAUCUAUCACUGAUGAAAUGAAAGAUGUAUUAGCGACGAAUAUAUUGUCUCAUGUACCUGUUGUUGGCUUCAAUUUCAGACCAAAGGCACUGUAUCUUGCCUUAAUGAUCAGAAGAGUUAUAAAUGCACAAUCUGAUAGUAGUCUGAUUGACGACAAAGAUUAUUAUGGUAAUAAACGUCUGGAACUGGCUGGCUCUCUUCUCGCUCUGAUGUUCGAAGAUUUGUUUAAAAGAUUUAAUUGGGAACUCAGGCAAAUUGCCAAUAAAAAUAUUCCCAAGACAAGAGCAGGCCCAUUUGACAUAGUUACUCACAUGAGACACGAUCUCAUUACUAAUGGAUUGGCUUUCGCUAUAUCAUCAGGUAAUUGGACAAUCAAGAGAUUUAGAAUGGAGAGGCAUGGCGUGACACAGGUGCUAUCACGGCUCUCUUACAUUUCGGCACUUGGUAUGAUGACGCGAGUCCAUUCUCAGUUCGAGAAGACCAGGAAAGUCUCCGGUCCGCGGUCAUUACAGGGCUCGCAAUGGGGCAUGUUGUGCCCGAAUGACACGCCUGAAGGAGAAGCUUGUGGUUUAGUGAAGAAUCUGGCUUUGAUGGCUCAUAUCACUACGGAAGUACCAGAAGAACCAAUAAUAAAACUGCUGCUUAGUCUUGGUGUGGAGAACAUUCAUACUUUUGCUGGAGAAGAAUUAACUAACAAAGAUGUAUAUUUGGUUUUUGUGAACGGUAUCUUGGUAGGUAUUGUACAGAAUCAUAAGAGACUGGUGCGUCAGUUCAGAUUGUUGCGCAGGAAAGGAUUUAUCAACAGUUUUGUAUCGAUAUAUACGCAACAUCGACAUAAUUGCAUUCAAAUCAGUUCUGACGGUGGACGAUUGUGCAGACCAUGCAUCAUCGUUAAGAAUGGAAAAUCUCUUGUUAAACAAAAGCACAUAGAGGAUCUUGAACGAAAUAUCUUAUCAUUUGAAGACUUCCUUUAUGAUGGAUUAAUCGAAUAUUUAGAUGUGAAUGAAGAAAAUGAUAGUUUAAUCGCAUGUACGGAAUCAGAAAUCAAUGAUAACACAACGCAUCUGGAAAUUGCGGAAUUCACGGUGCUGGGAGUGUGCGCGGGAUUGAUACCAUACCCACAUCAUAAUCAGAGUCCGAGAAACACUUAUCAAUGCGCUAUGGGUAAACAGGCCAUGGGGAUCAUAGGAUACAAUCAACGUAAUCGCAUUGACACAGUGAUGUACAAUCUGGUAUAUCCGCAAAUGCCUAUAGUAAAAACUCGAGCGAUCGAGUUAAUCAAUUACGAUAAAUUGCCAGCCGGUGAAAAUGCAAUUGUUGCUGUAAUGUCGUAUAGUGGGUACGAUAUCGAGGAUGCAUUAAUUUUUAAUAAAGCUUCCGUCGAUAGAGGAUAUGGAAGAUGCCUAGUGUAUCGAAAUAUGAAAUGUACAUUAAAAAAAUAUUCUAAUCAAACGCAAGACACAAUCAUGGGACCAAUGCUAGAUGUUAAUACUAAGAAACCUAUAACGAAGCAUGAAGUCCUUGACGUUGAUGGAAUUGUUUUACCUGGUGAGAUGGUAGAAAAUAAAACUAUCAUGAUAAACAAGUCAGUGCCAACGCCGAGUGAAAAUAUCGGUCCGGUCAGUUCUGCCACUGCACAAACACAAGCAGUGGAAUAUCGUAGCGCAGAAGUCUCAUUCAAAGGUUUGGUUCCAGCAUAUGUGGAAAAAGUCAUUGUAACGAGUAACGCAGACGAUUCCUUUUUAACAAAACUGUUACUAAGGCAAACUCGAAGACCAGAGAUCGGCGAUAAAUUCAGCAGUCGCCAUGGACAGAAGGGCGUUAUAGGUUUAAUUGUAGAACAAGAAGACAUGCCGUUUAAUGACUACGGAAUGUGUCCCGACAUAAUUAUGAAUCCGCAUGGCUUUCCUUCUAGAAUGACUGUUGGUAAACUAAUAGAAGUACUUGCAGGGAAGGCUGGCGUUGUGAACGGAAAAUUUCAAGAUGCAACAGCGUUUGGUGGCGCCAAAGUGGAGGAUAUCCGCGAAGAAUUGGCGAAAAAUGGUUAUAAUUAUUUAGGUAAAGAUUUCUUCUAUAAUGGCAUGACUGGGAAACCAUUGAUAGGAUACAUCUACUCUGGACCAGUUUAUUACCAAAAAUUGAAACAUAUGGUGCAAGACAAGAUGCACGCUCGUGCCAGAGGUCCAAGGGUAGUCCUCACACGUCAACCGACAGAAGGACGUUCUAGAGAAGGUGGUUUACGACUAGGUGAAAUGGAGCGGGAUUGCCUGAUCGGUUACGGAGCUAGCAUGUUAUUAGUAGAGAGGCUUAUGAUAUCGAGCGAUGCUUUUAAGGUCGAUAUUUGUAACAAAUGCGGUUUGAUAGGAUACAAUGGUUGGUGCCAGAGGUGUAAAUCCAGCUCUUCUGUUUCUACGAUAACGAUGCCUUAUGCUUGUAAAUUAUUAUUCCAAGAACUGCAAUCCAUGAACGUAGUACCUCGUUUAUCUCUAAAGGACUAUUGUGGUUGAUUGUACAUAUUAAAGCAAUAUAAAUGUAAUAAAAAUGUAAAUAAAGAAA